AUGCACAAGGUCACUGUAAAGUAUCUACAAGAAGUAAUAGAAAUAGAGAUAGGAAAUGAAGAUACAGUUGAAACACUCAAGAAUAAGAUAGAAGAAAGAAUAAACGUGCAGGCAGAUGGGCUGCGGCUGACGCACAAAGGAGGCAUUCUAUCUGACACAUCAAAGACCAUGGGAGCGCUGGGGAUAGAGGAUGGAGCCAUUAUCUACGCGAACAAAAUGGAAAAGCCCACAGGCCCCAGCGAAAUAAAUGGAGAAGUCUACCACAAGCCAGAGACACACCCAAGCGCUGCGAUGAUGAAGGACCCGGGAAUGAAGAAGAUAUUCAGCAACCCAGACAUAAUGAAGGGCCUUUUGGACAUGCUCCCAGAGCUGAAAAAUGAAAACCCAGAAAUAAGAAAACUCAUGGAAAGCUCAGAGAUGCUCGAGCAGAUGUCCAAGCUAGCAGAGGACCCAGAGCACAUGAACACGCAAAUGAAGAACCUGGACAUAGCCAUGGCCAAGCUGGAAACCAUUCCGGGAGGAUUCAAUAUGCUCAGAGGCAUGCUGAAAACGCAGAAAGACCCAAGCGAGUCGCUUGCUGAAGAAAGCGAAAGAAUGCACUUUAAGGAGGGGAGCAAGGACGCAAAGCCAUCGAGCCAGCCUGUGCCCAAUCCCUGGGGAAAGUACAACUUCAAUCCGAUUCUGGAGUACAGAUCGCAGGUCAAAUACAUGAAAGAGUGCGGAUUUACCGAUAUAAGCUCAAAUAUUAAACUAUUGAUAAAGCAUCAGGGCGAUGUAGAUAGUGCAAUAACAGAGAUAGUGUCAGACAGUGCAAUGAGCAGCCCCCUACCAGACCACAAAUCACGAACAUAA